UCGACCCUCAUGGAUGUAGACACCGAUGUGACGAGUGGUGGUGGGACAGCAAGACCAUGGCCUAUCGUCGAUAUCAACCCAGAGGCCUUGGCUGCUCUCGAGUCAUACAAGAAACGCGACCCGUCCAAGGUCGUCGUCCGCUUUAAGGCUGUCGGAAAUGCACCCAUCAUGAAGCAAAACUUCUAUAAAAUCACAGCUUCCAACCGAUUUCAGGCUGUCAUCCAGUUCUUACGCAAAGAAUUGGGCUGGAAGGCAGGCGAUCCCUUGGUACCACACACUCCUCCUCGUUUCGCGUCCCCCCAGCUGGUGCUCAACAAGCCACAGUUCACCUACAUUAACCUCGCCUUCUCACCAGCGCCGGAUGAUACAGUGUCUAAUCUCUUCAAAUCGUUUUGCACGGAUGGACAUUUGAUCGUCAAUUACAGCACGACAGCAGCAUGGGGCUAG